AUGGUUGAGAAUGAAAAGUACAAGAAUGCUUAUUACCAAACGGCAGAAAAGGAGAUUGCGCAAAAUGCUGAGAAAAUUGGGCAAAUGCGCAAGGAGGUCCUGCAGGAGAGCAUUAAAUUCCAGAAAGCUGAUCAUGUGGUCGAAAACAUCAUUAGUCGAGAAUGUGAGGAUCGAAAGGAAUUGAAACUUUGCUUAGCAAAAGCAACCAUUGAGGGUUCCAAAGAGUUGCUGAGUAAACAUCUUUAUGAUGCAGUGAACCACUACAAUCUGAACUGCUAUGAGGUUAAGAAACGUCAGAAGAUUUUGAUGGACCUUAUGCAAACCUUGAGAUCAGUUAAAAAGGAGACACAAUUUGAUGCAGGAGAGCACAAUGAUCUUCAGAUCAUUCGUCAGAUUGAGAAUAAAAUAGAGAAGAUGGAUACCAAAGUGCAGGUUGCAAAACAGAUCUAUCAGAUGUAUCAAAACAUCCUGGAAUGUCUGCAGAGGAUUGAGUUGGAUGCUCUGGAGAAGUCGUACAGCACGGAGAAGAAGGAGCGAGAAACAAUACUUUCCAACAGGAGGAAGCUACUGAACUUAGAGAAAUAUGCGCUGAAACGUAUUGAUGCUUCCUCGCUCAGAUCUGGACAGUCAUCAGCUGGUGGAUUAAGAACAAGAAAAAGUUUUACAGAAUAUGGAAGCCGCGUACAUACUGGAGCUGAAAUUACAGUCAUCAGUGAAAUCAACAAGCUUAAAGAACUAAUGACUUGCUCAAAGAUACAGGAUAUUGAGCAGAGAAUAAACAUGCAGAGUGCAACCAGUGACUACCUGGAGUGGAAACUCAGUCAGCGGAAGGAGAAGCGGAAUCAGUUGAACAAAGACUUGGAGGAUCUGAUGCUAGAACAUGCUGAACUAAAGUUUGACCCCAACAAGACGAUAGCCAGCCUGACCAUUUUAAAGGCGGGUACAGAACAACAGUUGAAGCUUGAAAAGGAGAAGCUUGCGAUGGUGUUAACGCAGCUGUGUAACAGUGAACGUCUCCUCUUGUCCAUUGAGAGUGGGAUUGACAACUUGUACUACUCCCUGUAUGGCAUUCCUGGUACCACUGAGAUUUCUACUGGCGAACCACAAGACACCUAUGAGAAGUUACAAAUCUGUGAGGAGAAAUUAAUUUUCUUGGAGAACAAAGUUAGAAACUUCGUUGUUGAUGAAUGGAUGUUAACCGAACAAGAGAAGUUAACAGAAUUAAUUGAGAAGACAUUUGGUGAGAAUGAAAUGAACAGAAAUGUUAUGGUUGAAGUAGAUGACUUUGAAAUCCACGAUGAUUUAGACUAUUUGGCAGCAGGAACUGAUGGUAUUCUCACAAGAGAAGAAAUUAAAAGACGGAGUGAACUUCUAGUGCAAGACAAGACACGAAUAGUGAGGAGAGUGAAGAAGAAGGGCAGAAAACGAUAUGUCAGCAAGAAAAAAGUCAUUUGUGAUAUGGGUGUGUGAGAACAGCUCAGUCUUGAUCACUGGAAAUAAACAGCUGUCUAUUUA